GGGAGGGACCUGGGACUGGCAGCUCCGGCAGCCGAGAUUUCACAUCGGAAACAAAACAGCUGCUGCUCCGGGAGUAACUGCGGCUGCGAGCGGUCGGUGGCGGCGGCGGCGGCGGGAGCGGCAGGGAGAGAACCUAAUCCAGGAGUCUGCAAGUGACAGCAGCCUGCAAGGUCCUUAGACAGUUUGGCCUGGAGGAUAACACAUGAAAGAAAGAACCCCAGGAGGCUUUGUUUUCUGUGAAAAAGUAUUUUUAAACAGUUGCUCCAAUGACAGAGUUACCUGCACCCUUGUCCUACUUCCAGAAUGCACAGAUGUCCGAGGACAACCACCUGAGCAAUACUGUACGUAGCCAGAAUGACAAUAGAGAACGGCAGGAGCACAGCAGGAGACUUGGCAACCCUGAGCCGAUAUCUAAUGGACAACCCCAGGGUAACUCGCAGCAGAUUGUGGAACAAGAGGAAGAAGAUGAUGAGGAACUGACACUGAAAUAUGGCGCCAAACAUGUGAUCAUGCUCUUUGUCCCCGUGACUCUCUGCAUGGUGGUGGUCGUGGCUACCAUCAAAUCAGUCAGCUUUUAUACCCGGAAGGAUGGGCAGCUAAUCUAUACCCCAUUCACAGAAGACACUGAGACUGUGGGCCAGAGAGCCCUGCACUCAAUUUUGAAUGCUGCCAUCAUGAUCAGUGUCAUUGUUGUCAUGACUAUCCUCCUGGUGGUACUGUAUAAAUACAGGUGCUAUAAGGUCAUCCAUGGCUGGCUUAUUAUAUCAUCUUUAUUGUUGCUGUUCUUUUUUUCAUUCAUUUACUUGGGGGAAGUGUUCAAAACCUAUAACGUUGCCGUGGACUACAUUACUGUUGCACUCCUGAUCUGGAAUUUUGGUGUGGUGGGAAUGAUUUCUAUUCACUGGAAAGGUCCACUUCGACUCCAGCAGGCAUAUCUCAUUAUGAUCAGUGCCCUCAUGGCCCUGGUGUUUAUCAAGUAUCUUCCUGAAUGGACUGCAUGGCUCAUCUUGGCUGUGAUUUCAGUAUAUGAUUUAGUGGCUGUUUUGUGUCCAAAAGGUCCGCUUCGUAUGCUGGUUGAAACAGCUCAAGAGAGAAAUGAAACUCUCUUUCCGGCUCUCAUUUAUUCCUCAACAAUGGUGUGGUUGGUGAAUAUGGCAGAAGGAGAUCCAGAAGCCCAAAGGAGGGUAUCCAGAAAUUCCAAGUAUAAUGCAGAAAGCGCAGAAAAUGAAUCACAAGACACUGUUACAGAGAAUGAUGAUGGUGGCUUCAAUGAAGAAUGGGAAGCCCAGAGGGACAGUCAUCUUGGGCCUCAUCAGUCUACACCUGAAUCACGAGCUGCUGUCCAGGAACUUUCCAGCAGCAUCCUAGCGGGUGAAGAUCCAGAGGAAAGGGGAGUAAAACUUGGAUUAGGAGAUUUCAUUUUCUACAGUGUUCUGGUUGGUAAAGCCUCAGCAACAGCCAGUGGAGACUGGAACACAACCAUAGCCUGUUUUGUAGCCAUAUUAAUUGGAUUGUGCCUUACGUUAUUACUCCUCGCCAUUUUCAAGAAAGCAUUGCCAGCUCUUCCCAUCUCUAUCACCUUUGGGCUUGUUUUCUACUUUGCCACGGAUUAUCUUGUGCAGCCCUUUAUGGACCAGUUAGCAUUCCACCAGUUUUAUAUCUAGCAUAUUUCUAAUUAGAAUCCCAUGGAUGUUUCUCCUUUGACUACAGUAAAAUCUGGGGAGGACAAAGGUGAUUUUCCUGUGUCCACAUCUAACAAAGUCAAGAUUCCUGGCUGGACUUUUGCAGCUUCCUUCCAAGUUUUCCUGACCAACCUGCACUAUUGGACAUUGGAAGGAGAUAUCUACAGAAAAUGGUUUUGAACAAACUUCAUUGUGGUGAACUAUGUCCCUCGGUGCAAAAACUACCAGAUUUGAGGGACGGGGCAAGGACACACGACGGGCAAGAAGCUCUGUGCUCCACCAGUGGCUUGACCCUUGGUCACAGGGAGGUUUUCCCAACACCGCGGACUCUCAGGACUGCCGUAACCAGAAGGUUAAAUGAAGCAGUUUAAACCACACAGAACUGUUCAUCUUAAACUUCAUGUUGAAAAUCAACUUAAUAAAUCUGUGUUGAUUGAA